CCGCCCGGGCCCGCCCUGCCCUCCCCCGCCAACAUCGAUAUCCGGGACACAGUGAAGUACAAGGAAGUCAUGAAACAAUAUGGGCUGGGCCCAAAUGGUGGAAUAGUGACCUCUCUCAAUCUCUUUGCUACAAGAUUUGAUCAGGUCAUGAAGUUUAUUGAAAAAAGACAAAAUGCAUCCAAGUAUGUUAUCAUUGACACACCAGGACAAAUAGAGGUAUUCACCUGGUCAGCAUCAGGAACCAUCAUAACUGAGGCACUGGCUUCCUCUUUUCCAUCAGUUGUUGUUUAUGUGAUGGAUACCUCUCGCAGCACUAAUCCUAUCACCUUUAUGUCUAAUAUGCUGUAUGCCUGCAGUAUCCUGUACAAAACAAAGCUGCCUUUUAUUGUUGUCAUGAACAAGACUGACAUAAUUGAUCACAGUUUUGCAGUAGAAUGGAUGCAGGACUUCGAGACGUUUCAGGAUGCCCUGAAUCAAGAGACAUCCUAUGUCAGUAACCUGACUCGUUCUAUGAGUUUAGUGUUGGAUGAGUUUUACAGCUCACUCAAGGUGGUUGGUGUUUCUGCUGUGCUUGGCACAGGACUGGAAGAUUUUUUUGUUCAGCUUUCUAAAGCUGUGGAUGAAUAUGAGAGGGAAUAUCGUCCGGAAUACGAGCGUCUGAGGAAAACACUGGAGAAAGCUCAAAAUAAACAAAAGAGAGAGCAGCUGGAACACUUGUGGAAGGACAUGGGCACAGUAUGUGUGCAGAGCAACACACUUGGAGGUUCUGAUGAUGCUUCUGCAAUGGGUCCCUCUGAUCUGAUCCUAACACGAGGAACUCUUGAUGAGGAAGAUGAAGAGAGGGAGAGUGAUACUGAUGACAUUGACCAUGAUGUUACUGAGCAGAGCCACGAAGAACCAGCCUUCAGAAAUUUUAUGGAAGAGACACGGAUGAAAUACCAGAGAAGAAGCAAUCAGGAUGAAUGAGACUCUCGGAAACAGAGAGCUUGUAAUCCCUUGUAAUGGAGUGAACAGUAAAGAAAGGGGCAUAAAGAAACUUGUAUGCAACCAUAUGUGAAGUCUUAGGUCUGUGAAUAGCUCCCUCAGAUGUAUUUAUGUUUUUCUUCCUGCAGUAACUGUUGGUCAUGAGUUGAAAGUCUCAUAUCCAACUGACUGCACGUUUGGCCAUCUGUCACUGUGACUUCCUAAAGCCAAAAGAACCAGAGAGCACUUUCUUUUGCUCCAAACUCUUUAGAUGUGCCUGUUGAGACCUUAGAUUUUGAGGUCUGACAGCAUUAUCAUCUAGAAUACUUAAGACAGAUCUUCAAGAGUGCAGUCUUUUCACCUCAUGCAGAGAGGUGUAUCUUCUGCCUCCAGGUAUCUCUCUGCUGCAGUUGCAGUACACUCCUGAGAGGCAUGUUUGCUUUCUUCUGAUAAUGACCUAAAGAGAGAGUCUCUCUCUCUCUCUCUCUCUUUUUUUUUUUUUAAUUCUCCCCAAAGUGUUAUGUUUUUGCAGAUAAAAUGUGAGAUCUUUAUAGAGUAAAUUAAGCUUGUCCACUUCUCUAAGUAAAGCAAGGUAAUUACAAUAUUUCAUCCA